AUGGCAUUGGAACGAAUCGAGGCUUUGUACGGAAAAGAGCAGGUAAAGUCACUAAGUGACAAGUGCGUUGCUGUCAUUGGCGUUGGCGGUGUUGGUUCACAUGUGGCUGAGUGUUUAGCUCGGUCUGGUAUUGGCAAACUCAUUCUCGUUGACUUUGAUACUGUCGAUAUCAGUAAUAUCAAUCGCCAAAUACCAGCAAGAAAAGAUACCAUUGGUCUACUCAAGGUCGAAGUAAUGGCAGAACACUUACAGAAAAUUCUAGAUAUUAACAUUGAAGCAUGUAAUUAUCAGUUAACACCGGAAACGUUAAAAGAAUCUAUUCCGUGGGAUAGAAUUCAUGCGCUCAUUGAUUGCAUUGAUGAUGUGAAAACCAAGGUAGCCAUGUUAGCAGAGUGUCAGAUUCGGAAAAUUCCCUGCGUUACUGCACUAGGAGCUGCUAAAAAGGAGAACCCUUGGAAUUUUUGCUACGGAGAUUUAACUAGUGAAGUGCCUUGUCCUUUAGCAACGGUUGUUCGGAAGCGACUGAAUGAUAUGGGAAUCGAGCCAACUCAUAUCGUCGGAGUCUACUCGAAUGCCCCUCACAAUGGCCCUGUUGGAAAGGUUCGCGGAACCAUUGGAUUUCUUCCAGCAAUUGAAGGUUUCCUUUGUGCCAGUAUUUUGAUUCGGUACUUUAUUCGAAAUCCUGUAAUCGCAAAGGCGUUGAAAGAGAAUUGGUGGGAAAUAAGCGAACUCGAAAAUUGGACCGGGGAUACGACUCGUCCGAACUUUGAUGCAAGUCGAGACACUUACAUUCUCCCUUCGGUUGCUCAUUUGUUGCACCAUUAUCAAACGUCAAAUUAUGAUGUACCGGAUGAAUGGGUUGAUCUGGAAAAACAAGUAAAAUAUGUUCUUGGUAUCGAGACUGGUACCGUGGUAUUUACGUCUUCUGCUACUGAGUCGAUCAAUAUGUGGAUUCGUGCAGCCGUGUCUGACAUUAAAAAUCCUCACAUUGUCUAUACAUCAAUUGAUCACCCAUCGAUUCCGUUAACUAUCGAAAGUCUUGACAUGUCGUUGACAAAAACGGUAAUCCAACCGGAUCUGUCUGGAAAAUGGGUGGAUUUUGAUCGUCUGCGUUCACCACCUGAUGUUGUCGUUUUUCCUCAUAUUCAUAAUGAAAGUGGAUUAAUCCUUCCAGUUGAACUUAUUGUUAAUAAACUUCGCGCUAUGAAUCCGAACAUCCGUAUUUUCGUGGAUACGACACAAACGUUUGGAAGGAUGGUUGUCGACAUGAUCAAAGAAUGGGAUAUUGACGGUUUCUGUGGAUCAGGACAUAAAUUUUAUGGUCCAAGACAUACAGGAUUUUUAUGGAUGAAGCACACCAUUCCCAAAAAGGCAUUUAUUGAGGGCGUGGGCGGACAGGAACUUCGCGGUGGAUCUGACCCAAAGUAUCCGCAUGCUUUGAUGGUGAAAGCACUAAAGUACGUAAUUUCACCGGAGGCGUUGAACACUUAUCCCAUCAUAGCAUCUUAUCGAAAUUUGUUGGAAUCAGCAGAGUCGAAAGAAGUUGAAGUUAUAAGUUUUGAUAAACAAUGUCCUACGAUCGCCCUUCUUCGUGUCAGUGAUGUAGUCUACGAAAAACUUAAGGAACUUAAAUGUGGAUUCGUAUUUUACACUAUUCCAAUGCUCGGUAUCAAAGGAAACAUUGUUCGCGUUUCUUGGGGACUGGACAUUCGACCAUCACACUUUCAGCAAUUGUUUCAGCUUUUGCUGUAG